GCAUUAUGACACUUGACAAUUAAAUAGGUAUUUAAAAAUGGCGGUUUGCAUGUAAAUUGUAAAUAAAAAAAAUUAUAGGAAAAAAAAAAAAUAGAACUCAAACAAAAUAGUCAAAAUUAAAUGGAAAUUACCUAAAAAGAAAACUAGACACACAUUUGAGUGGGGAUUUCCUAAUCGCCUGUAAGUAAUAGAAUCACAAAAUCUAGAGCAAGAAGCAAUAUAAAACACAUCAAUUUUUAAAUACAAAUCAAAGGCUAGAAUUAAAAAGUGAAACUUUUAAAUUAUCAUUAAAAAAUGGAAUCGUCAAAUAACGAUAAUCUCGAGGACCAAAACGAAAAAGGCGUAGACGAAACGAAAAAGAUUGAUUUAAACCGAACUUUACCUUUAACAGAAAAUGCAACGAAUUCCCACCCUUUAAUGUAUUCACCUGGUUCUGCAAUGUCCCCAGAUUUUCCAGACUUGAUUCCUCAACAGGCAAAAAACAAGUACAAAGAAAUCAAAUUUAAUCCUCAAGCUCACAGUACAGCUUUAGAGAAUAGCACCGACUCUUGCGAUUCAUUUGAAAGGCAACUCAAUCAACCUAUAUUGGAAUAUGAAGAAAAGUUACCUGAUUUUCCCAAAAGUCCUUCAGCUCUCAAAAAACUUCUAAUGUAUGAUCUACCUGGUGAAACUUCUCACGAGCCCACUAGUGAUACUGAAAAUGAUAAAUCUAUUUAUGAAGCUCAUCUAAGUUCAAAUUUACAAAAUGUCUCUCUAACAAUGAAUGAAAAAGAAGGCAAUUUGAAUUUCCUCUCUCAUAAUAAACGAAGCAAUAAACUAAGACGUAUUAGGGUAUUACCUAAAGAAGACCAAAAAAGUGAUGUCUCAUCUUUGGACAGUGAUUCAGAUGAGAGCCUUAAAUCGGAUAUUUUUGAAGAGGAUGGAGAAAAAACUAAAAUUGAUUUGGAUGAAGAUAACAUUUCCUCAGAACCUAUAGAACCUCUUAGUGCAGAUGAAGAAAGACGGCACGCUCGCAAUUGGCAAAGAAUGAUUCUUCCAGGAGGCGAACACAGAACUAUAGAUAUGCGAGUUAUAGAGCCUUACAAAAGGGUACUGUCGCAUGGAGGUUACUUAAGAGCAGGAGGUCAUACUGCUAUUGUUUUAUUUGCUGCCUGUCACCUUCCUGAUAAGUCCAGAGUGGAUUAUGAUUAUGUAAUGGAUAAUUUGUUUUUAUACAUUUUAUGGACAUUGGAACGUCUGGUUACUGACGAUUACGUCAUGGUGUACCUUCACGGCGCCGCUACCAAGUUACCGUCAUUUACAUGGUUGAAAAGAUGCUACCAGAUGGUCGGUAGGAAAUUAAGAAAAAAUUUGAGUCACCUUUACAUUGUUCACCCAACGCUUUGGAUUAAGACCAUGCUGUAUAUGUCAAAGCCAUUUAUAAGUUCAAAAUUCUACAGAAAAAUUUCAUUUAUCGGAAAUCUGCGAGAUCUUCUGUCAAGAGUUCCUUUAGAAGCGGCAGCUAUUCCCGAGAAAGUCAAGGCCUAUGAUAGUUUGCACGGUACAGCUUAAUGCACUUUAUUUUCUUGGUUUUUAGCUUUACUACAGCGCUUGCCAGUAUUAGUAUGUAUGCCAAAUGUUGGAAAUGGGGUUGGGUGAAUUUUGGAAAUGAUGUUCUAGAAUUACAUUAGUUUUAAAGUUGUUUGUUUUGUGGCUGAAAGUACCUAACCAUCUGUUUAGUAUUUAAAAAAAGCUAAGUACAUAUCCCAUUUCAAAAUAUCAUUACAACGACAAUAAAUUCCAUUUGUCAUCUUGCCCAUUGGUGUACCUAAAUGUGAUUAAAAUUUUAGAAUCUCUAGAUUGCAAUAUUUCAAUUUUAUAUUCAUUAAAUCCACUUGUUUUUUAGCUUAUUUUGUAUACAGAGUAAAGACCAUGUUAAUAACUUAGUUGCUCAGUAAAAGUUAUUAUUUCUCUGCUCUCUAGUUUUAGCUUAUAGGCUAAAAUAAAAUACAACGAACGUUUCUAGAAAUUAUGGUAAUUGCUAGAAAACUCAUUUAAUUUUUAAAGGAUCUGAACAAUAUCUGAGCGCAUUUUAAAUUUACGUGUUUUUGUAUUAGUACUUUAUUAACUCGUCUGUGGUAUUUUUACAUUCCUUAUUUGAAUUUUAGAUUGUUUAUAUUUUAAAAUAGCGCAAAACGGUUUUACUGUUGUGUAAACUUAAUGUUUUAAGUAUUUAAUUUUUGUCUUAUUUAUUGUGUGGCAAAUAAAAUCAAGAUUAAAUCAGUUAAUGUGAUUUUUAUUGAAACAAAAUUACAAAUAAAAUAUGAUUUACAAUGAAAAUUCGUGGUGCACAAUUUCGUCGGAACCACGUUGAUCCGAACUAGUCUCAAGACCAAAAUUCGUUGUCCAGGAGACCAAAAUAGAAAUUGUAUUAUUUAAAAUAUAGUUGGGAUCAUUCAAGGUAUAUGAGUAAAGGGGCAACAUUUAUUUGACAAUUUGUUAGGUUUAAAUAACAUGAUAAUGUCUUAUGAAAAUAUUAAUAAAUCUGUUAACAUCCUAUUCUCCAAAUUUGAUUGUCAAAUUAAAUGUAUCUGUAACACAAUUUAUCUGUUAAAAAACAAAGGCACAUAAAAAUCACCACAUAAAUGCCGAUAAAUAUUCUUUGGUAAAAACUUACAGGGAGCAGGAGUGCUUUUUUUUAACAAUAAAUGUAAGAUAAUUUAUUCGUUAAAUUCCUUAAUGGUAACAGAAAAGCCUUUAAAUGAGUAAUUUGGAUACACUUAAACAGGCAAGACUGUAAAAACUGAAGUAAAAUUCCUGGAUUUUUUCACAAAAUUAAGAACAUAAUACUAUAAAAAUCAUAAACACUUAAAAAUAAUCGCGUUUUUAUUAAAACAUAAGUAUAAUAAAGUAGAACAUAAGAGGUGGAGAGAUUAAACUUCCAUACCUAACCACCUAUUGGUAAAAGGACAAAAAAAUAUAUUCUAAAUAAACUGAAAAUUGUGGCAGUGAUUAAACCAGUUAUGACGAAUUCGAGCUUUGCUGACUAAUCACUGGGUAUGAGAUUUUCGAAAUUGUAUUAGUUCCUUAUGUAAU